CGUGUCGCCCUCUGUAGUCAGACUGGGCUUGAUAGGGAAUUCACGUCCGACUCUCCCGAGUCUCGAAGCUUUCAGCGGGAUAAGCCUACAAGCAGCACCAUUUCUGAGAGGAUUACCUUGAAAAUAUUCGUCUUGUGGGGCGAACGUGCCUCCGUGGCCGAGCUCUUGUGCGGGGAGGCAGAGCUGAGGGAGCGGUGAGCAGGUAGCCGGAGCUCCGCGCUUAUUCCGUAAGAGCGUUAUGUGGAGGGCAGCGGGCUCUGUGCCAUUGCUCGGAAGGCAACGCCUGGAUAAAGAGAAGGAAACAGAAAUUUGACUUAUUACGCGUCCUCGGCGGAUUUUUCGGCAGCAGUGAUGUCUGUUACAGGACCUUCUCGUCGCUUUCAAGCUGUCUGUGUCCUGUUUCUGCUCUCCCAGCUCUCGGACUGCGGCGGAGGCUCAGCCACUCAAACGUCUCAGUUCUCCUCGUAUGAAGUGAGCAUACCGAAACGUAUCAGCAGACAGAGGAGAGAGCAGGACCCCGCAGCGGCCGACAAGGUGUCAUAUGUCCUCCCAGUCCAGGGGAAAGAACAUGUCGUCGUCCUGGAGAAGAAUGACUUGCUCCUGCCACAUGAUUUCACCGUGUAUUCUUAUGCCAAGGACGGCUCACUGAUCACAGAAAGGCCCAACAUGAAGAAUCACUGUCAUUACCGUGGGUACGUGGAGGAUGUGGGUGGCUCUUCAGUUGCACUGAGCCUGUGCUCUGGGUUACGGGGUGUGAUCCACAUGGAGAACACCAGUUUGGGCAUUGAGCCACUGGAGGGCUCGGUGGAUGACGAGCACCUGGUUUACCGGCUGGAGGACGUGAAGGCGGAGCCUCUGACCUGUGCAACACCCCAUUCUGAUCACCAUGACAACCAAGCAUCUCCUGGACACGCAGAGGAUCGCCACGCUCACGACAUCACGCCUGGUCGAUCUGUCAGUCAUCUGAUCAGGAAAAAGAGAGCAGUGAUGCACCAGACGCAUUAUGUGGAGCUUCUGCUGGUGGUCGACAAUGAAAGAUUUAACUACACUAACAGGAAUCAGACGGCGGUGAGAGAAGAGAUGGUGCAGCUCGCCAACUUUGUUGACAGUAUGUAUGUCCCUCUGAAUAUCCGUGUGGUCUUGGUGGGCUUGGAGAUCUGGUCAGUGGUGAACCUCAUCAAUACGGACGGCAGUGCGGGUGAAGUUCUCGGCCGGUUCACUCAGUGGAGGGAAAAGGAGCUGGUACCUCGCCGUCGCCAUGACAGCGCCCAGCUCAUCCUGAAGAAGGGGUUCGGGGGUACAGCGGGGAUGGCGUUUGUGGGCACAGCGUGUUCCAGGAGUCAUGGUGGUGGGAUUAAUGCCUUCAGCAAUAAAAACGUGGUGUCGUUUGCCUCCAUCGUUUCUCAUGAGCUGGGCCAUAACCUGGGCAUGAACCACGACGAUGGACGGCCCUGCAGAUGCGACGUGGGCAGCUGCAUCAUGAACUCAGGGGCGACUGGAUCACGCAACUUCAGCAGCUGCAGUGCAGAUGAUUUUGAGAAGAUGAUCCUGAACGCCGGAGGUAGCUGCCUGCUGAAUGUCCCACGGCCCGACGAGGCCUACAGCGCCCCCUACUGCGGCAACAAGCUGGUGGAUGUGGGAGAGGAGUGCGACUGCGGCUCUGAGGAGGAGUGUGAGAAGGACCCCUGCUGUGAGCCCAAGACGUGCAAGCUUCGAGCUGGAGCGCAGUGUGCCUAUGGCGUCUGCUGCAAACACUGCAGGUACCUUCCUGGUGGCACCGUCUGCAGGAGCAGCACAGAUGAGUGUGAUCUGCCUGAGUAUUGUAACGGCUCGACGGCUCUGUGUCAGAGUGACGUUUUCAAACAGAACGGCCACCCGUGCCGACAGGGCCAGGCCUUCUGCUACAACGGCCAGUGCCAGCACUAUGACAGCCAGUGUCAGGCCAUAUUCGGCCCCAAGGCGAAGGCUGCUCCUGAGGCGUGUUUCAAGGAUGUAAACUCUAAAGGUGAUCGCUUUGGAAACUGUGGCUACCAAAGCUAUGGCUUCAAGAGGUGUGAAAGCAGGAAUGCUAUGUGUGGGAAGCUUCAGUGCGAGAACGUUCAGUCGAAUGUUAUAUUUGGCAUCAAGCCCUCCAUAAUCCAGACACCCAUUGAUGGGACCACCUGCUGGGGAGUGGACUUUAUGCUGGGCUCAGACGUCCCUGACCCGGGCAUGGUGAACGAGGGAACCAAGUGUGGUGAGAACAAGGUUUGCUUAAACUACGUGUGCAAAAAUGCAGACGUGCUGAACUACGACUGCGACGUAGAGAAGAAAUGCCACGGCCACGGGGCAUGUAACAGCAAUAAAAACUGCCACUGUGACAAUGGCUGGGCGCCUCCACAUUGUGAAUCUGUAGGCUACGGUGGCAGCAUAGACAGCGGACCCACCUGGAAUGAUAAAGACACCUCUACAAGAGAUGGUCUGCUGGUAUUCUUUUUCUUCAUUCUUCCUCUCCUGGCUUUGGGUCUCUUCGUCUUCUUCAGGAGGAAUGAGCUUCAGCGACGCUUCUGCAGGAAAAAGCGCUCUCAGGGUUACGAAGCGGACAGCAGGCCUCAGACCAAUAACGGCCAAACCCCUGCAAACCAGCGCGGGAACGCCAGCAGCAUAGUGAAAGAUGGACGUCAGGCUCAGUUAUUGCCACCUGAGGAGGUGGUUCAGACGAGCAGGACUUCGUCAGUGCCAGCGUACGCCUCCCGGCCUCCACGCCCUCCGUUUUCACGGCCGCCUCCUCCAGCUGCACAACUUCUGCCUCAGAGACCGGCCCCCCCUCCCCCCGUAUAACGCACGGCACACACGUCCAGCCAGGCAGGUGUGUGCAUGCGCGUGUGCGGGGGAGGCCAGGUGAUGUUUGUGUAACGUGAGUAUUGAGGGAUGUCCAGGAGGAACCAGCUGCUUGCGACACUCUGCCCUCCCCCCAAAGGCUCCGCCCCCACUUUGCCACCCCCUGAGCUUUGGAACAGUUGUCCACUGUCAGUCAAACAGCAGCUAAGCCGAAGCAGCUACGGCCACUGUUCUGAGAGGAACCUCCCGCAAUACAUCACUCAGCACGUGGUGGGACCUAGAGAACCUCAGCCAACGAACCGGGACCCCCUGUCGCUUUUGAAUCACGGUGUCUACGGCAACAAUCCCCCUAUCUGUAUUGUUAUGACUAUUAUGUGCUGUAAAAGACCAGGACCACUGCAACUGAUUGCACUUCAGUAAUAUUCACUGCGUAUGAGAAUGUAUAGAAACGUGCAGAACCCUUCUUAGAUAGCCUUUUUGAAGUGUUGGCAAGGAUCGACUUCAUUAUUGAGGACUUUUGUUUUCCACUUUUACCUAUUCUAGAGUAAAUUUCGCGACGGUUGCUGGUAACUGCGACAAGCACGGCUCUUCAGAAUGAGAGAAUGAGGUGUCAAUGCAGUUUACUACUUUAUAUUUUAUAUAGUUUUAUUUCAUGCAGAACUAUACACACACAUAUACAGCCGUAUGCAAACGUUUGAAAACUCCUGUUUGGUUGAUUUUCCAAAUGAAAAUAAAUGAACACAUUAUCUACCGAGAACACGCUUAAAUAUGGAAUUUUCCUGGGAAUUUUAUGCACAAUCUCUGUUUAUAUGUUGAGAUUAACACCUGGGGGAAAGACGACUUAAAAUGUAAAAUGUGCCAUAACGUUCAACAUGUAAACAUUUGAGGCGUUUUUCUCCAAUAUGUAAAAUUAAGCAAAUAAACAGUAAUUGUGCAUAAAUAUGACAUUUUUCUGGAGAUUUUAAUGCACAAUUUCUGUUUACUUGCUGAGGUGAACAUGUUGGGGGGAGGAAAUAAAACAUACAGUAUAGAAUGUGCCAUAACUUUUGCACGGACCACAUUUUUUAAUAUUAAAUUCAGGACAUAAACAGUCAUUGUGUAUCAAAAUGUGCAGAGGUGUGUUCUCUGUAGAGGAUGUUUUAACUUAGAAAAUCAACAAUACGUGUCAUUUGAGGGUGCACAAACUUUUGCAUACAGCUAUACACAAAUAUUGCGUAUUAUUGUUGUUCUUUUUAUGUUUUGUACCUGAAAACCCCCAAACUGUGUGAGAACAUUUCAUAUAUAUAUAUAUAUAUAAAAUGGAGUACUGUGCAAAAGAUCACCCUUCUUUAAUUAAUAUUUACAGUCAA